GACUGAUUACUAUGCUCAGAAACACUUGGUAGUGUAGGAUAAAAAUAAAUACAAUAGACCAAAAUACAGGAUGAUCGUCCAUGUCACCAACAGAGACAUCAUUUGCCAGAUAGAUUAUGCUCGUAUAGAAGGAGACAUGAUAGUUUGUGCGGCAUAUGCUCAUGAACUUCCAAAGUAUGGUGUGAAGGUUGGCUUGACAAAUUAUACUGCAGCGUAUUGUACUGGUCUGCUGCUGGCCCGCAGGCUUCUGAAUAGAUUUGGCAUGGACAAAAUUUAUAAAGGCCAAGUGGAGGUAACUGGAGACGAAUAUAAUGUGGAAAGCAUUGAUGGACAACCUGGCGCCUUCACCUGCUAUUUGGACUCAGGACUUGCCAGAACUACUACUGGAAACAAAGUCUUUGGGGCUUUGAAAGGAGCUGCGAAUGGAGGCUUGCCUAUUCCUCACAGUACCAAACGAUUCCCUGGCUAUGACUCGGAAAGUAAGGAAUUCAAUGCUGAAGUGCAUCGGAAACACAUUAUGGGGCAGAACGUUGCAGAGUAUAUGCGUUACCUAAUGGAAGAAGAUGAAGAUGCCUACAAGAAACAGUUUUCUCAGUACAUAAAGAACAACAUAACUCCAGAUAUGAUGGAGAAUAUGUAUAAGAAAGCUCAUGUGGCUAUAUGGGCCAAUCCUGUUUAUGAGAAGAAACCUAAGAGAGAAGUUAAAAAGAAGAGGUGGAACCGUCCCCAAAUGUCUCUUGCCCAGAAGAAAGAUCGGGUAGCCCAGAGAAAACAAGUUUUCUUAGAGCUCAGGAGUGGCAGAGUUAAAAUCAACCAUGAUUUUUUUGUGGAGAUUUUGCAAAGACAGUAA